UGUCAUGUGACCGGCCCGCACGGAAGACGGAGGAAUGGCGGCGUAUCUGCAGUGGAGGCGAUUCGUUUUCUUUGAGAAGGAGCCGGUGCGGCUUACCGGGGAGGGCGGGGAACCUCUCACCCUGCCGCCCGGGCUGAGCGUCUGCGACUCCAGCCGCGGUAGCCUGCUGUUUGGGGAUAUGACCGGCCAGAUUUGGUUCCUGCCCCGUUCCCUCCAGCUCACCUCUUUCCAGGCUUAUAAACUCCGCGUCACCCACCUGCAUCAGCUAAAGCAACACAACAUCCUGGUCUCUGUCGGCGAGGAUGAGGAGGGGGUGAAUCCUGUGGUCAAGGUUUGGAACCUGGAGAAACGGGAUGGAGGAAACCCCCUUUGCACAAGAAUCUUUCCUGCAAUUCCUGGUAAUAAGCCGACGGUUGUUUCGUGCAUCACAGUUCAUGAAAAUCUCAACUUUAUGGCCAUCGGUUUUGCCGAUGGAAGUGUUAUCUUAACCAAGGGGGAUAUAACUCGAGACAGACAUAGCAAGACGCAGAUUCUGCAAGAGGGGAGUUAUCCGGUCACAGGCAUGGCUUUCAGACAGACCGGCAAGACCACCCAUCUCUUUGUGGUCACAACUGAGAGUGUCAGGGCCUAUGAGUUAAGCCAGAAGGAUUACCCAUACACCGAGUUGGACUCUCACGGCUGUGGCCUGCGUUGCUCUGCGUUGUCUGAUCCCUCUCAAGACAUGCAAUUCGUAGUGGCCGGUAAUGAAUGCGUAUACCUUUACCAGCCGGACGAGAGGGGACCCUGCUUUGCCUUUGAAGGACAAAAGCUUAUAGUACAUUGGUAUCGCGGUUAUCUAGUCAUUGUAUCAAGAGAAAGCCAUGCACCGGACAGGCAGACGCUGACCAUAUAUGACCUGGGAAACAAGUUCAUUGCUUAUAGCUGUGUUCUGAAUGACGUGGUGGAUGUACUGGCAGAGUGGGGCUCUCUCUAUGUUCUUACACGGGAUGGACUCCUGCAUGGCUUACAUGAGAGAGACACGCAAACCAAGCUGGAGAUGCUUUUCAAGAAGAAUCUUUAUGUUAUGGCUAUCUCUUUGGCCAAGGGCCAGCACCUGGACAGUGAUGGACUGUCUGAGAUCUUCCGCCAGUAUGGAGACCACCUGUACAGCAAAGGAGACCACGACGGAGCUAUCCAGCAAUAUAUACGAACAAUUGGGAAGUUGGAGCCGUCUUACGUCAUCCGCAAAUUUCUAGAUGCCCAGCGCAUACACAAUUUGACAGCGUACCUACAGGCAUUACAUUUGCAAUCUCUAGCCAAUGCCGAUCACACCACUCUUCUACUGAAUUGCUAUACUAAGCUAAAGGACAGUGCCCGUCUAGAAGAAUUUAUCAAGGCCAGUGAGGGUGAAGUACAUUUCGAUGUGGAAAUAGCAAUCAAAGUUCUUCGGCAAGCUGGCUACCAUUCACAUGCGCUCUACUUGGCAGAAAAACAUGCCCAUCAUGAAUGGUACUUGAAGAUCCAACUGGAAGACAUUAAGAACUUCCAAGAAGCUCUGCGAUACAUUGGACGCCUGCCCUUUCCUCAAGCUGAGAGCAAUAUGAAAUGUUACGGGAAAAUACUCAUGUCCCAUGUGCCCAACGAGACAACCCAGCUGCUGAAUGACCUUUGCACUGACUUCCCCAAUCCUGGCGGAGGGAACAGGGCAAAUCCUGAAGAAUUCAUUCCAAUAUUUGCUAACAAUCCCUGUGAGCUGAAGACCUUUCUGGAGCAUAUGACAAGAGUGCAGAGCGAUUCUCCUCAAGGAGUUUAUGACACUUUACUUGAGCUACGUUUGCAGAACUGGGCGCAUGAGAACGACCCUCGGGCAAAGCAGCAGCUGCAGAACGACGCCAUGACCCUCCUGAAGAGCGGACGCUUCAAGAACGUGUUUGAUAAAGCCCUAGUCCUGUGCCAGAUGCAUAAUUUUCAGAAAGGAGUGCUGUAUCUGUAUGAGCAAGGCAAACUCUUCCAACAGAUUAUGCAUUACCACAUGCAGAAUGACCAGUACCAGGAGGUCAUCGAAGCCUGUAAGCAGUAUGGGGAGCAAGAGAGCUGUUUGUGGGAGCAGGCACUUAGUUACUUUGCACGCAAGGAGGAAGACUGCAAGGAGCACAUUGCAACAGUAUUGAGGCAUAUUGAAAGCAAAAACCUCAUGCCUCCACUGUUGGUGGUGCAGACCUUGGCACAUAACUCCACCGCCACCCUGUCUGUGAUCAGAGAUUAUCUGAUCAACAAGAUGCAGAAGCUGAGCCAGCAGUCAGAGGAAGAUGAAAGGACUGUCAGUCAGUACCGGGAAGACACUGCUCGCAUCCGCCAGGAGAUCCAUGAAUUACGGAACAGCCCUAAGAUCUUCCAGAAGACAAAGUGCAGCAUCUGUAGCAGUGCUCUGGAGCUGCCAUCUGUACAUUUCUUGUGUGGCCAUUCUUUCCACCAACACUGCUUUGAGAGUUAUGCAGAGAGCGACUCGGACUGCCCCACCUGCCUGCCAGAGAACCGACAGGUGCUUGAUAUGAUCAGGGCUCAGGAAGAGAAGAAGGAUCUGUAUGACCACUUCCAGCACCAGUUAAAGUACUCUCACGAUGGAUUCAGCGUGGUGGCAGAAUACUUUGGCCGUGGUGUAUUCAACAAAUUGACGUUGAUCACAGAUGCCCCUGCAGGGAGGAUAGCUGGGGUGAAAGAGGCAGGACUGCAGCGGGAUCUUCUUAUCAACACCAGGAGAAACAUGUGAUUCGGGGAGGAAUACUGGAUGUAAUGGAGAACUUACAGUCUGUGGUCACUAUGGUCUGGCUCCAUGUCAGAACAGUCACUUGGCAAUCAGAUUAAAGGACUAUGAGCUGAAGUUGUGAAAUGGCAUUUCUCUGGAAUUAGAACUACAGGGAAAUAUCCAGCCGUCAGUGUAAUGGGUCAGGAAGGACAGUAUUUGUGCCUUGUGUUCUGCCUACUCCGUAUAUAUGGUCAUUUAACCACAGCUUUAGGCAAAUUUGAAAAAUAAAUAUCUUUUUCUUGGUUAAUAUGGCUUGGAUUGCGCAGAUUGUUUGUAAUGGUCCUUUUACACAGACCAACAAAGUGGCUAAUUAUUGAGGAUUAGUAGAAAUUGAAGGAGCAAACAGCGAUUCAUCAGGUGAUGUGAUCGUGUCUUUCGGAUGACACCUAAAAUGAUUGUUUCUGUGCAGCAGAUCAUCUUGUACAAAGUAUCUGCUGCCAAGAAAUACUGAAACUGUAGCUAUUCCUUGUUCCUGUACAGAUGAGAUGAUUGCUGCAUGUAAAUGUAGCUCUCAUCUCCCCGAUCAUCAGUAAUGUCUUGUUUGUUCCCAAUAAUCACCUGCUAGUAACUAUACAUUCUGGCAUCAGUCUUAUUAAAAGAGAUAUGUUCAAACUA